AUUCUCGAGGACAAAAAUUUGUAAGCAACCGAAAUACGUUUCCUUGUUUCCAUCGUAACUCCCUAGAAAAAGUCAGUAAGGUCAAUGAUGUGAAGAACCGUUCAAGAAGGGUCAAUCCGGCCUUGGAAUUAUUACGACAUUCCGCCUAAUAGGACGGAACUAUACUCCUUGUAGUUUUGAGCACCUUCGGUAUUCCCUACAGUUUUCUAGGACCUCUUCGCAUAUAAAAAUGUACCAAAAUAUCGAUUGUUCCAUCGAGAAAGAUUAGAAGGGUUCAUAGGAAACAAGGUUUCUUUUCUCGAUUUCCCAUGGCAAAAGGGCUGGAGGUCUUUGUAGCGUUGUCAUUGGUCAUAGGAGUUCUUCAAUCAGCAAAUGCAGAGGUUCCAGCCAUCUUCAUACUAGGUGAUUCCACAGCUGAUGUUGGAACCAACAAUUACUUGCCUGAAAGUGGUAUAAGAGCUGACUUCCCGCACAACGGUGUCGAUUUUCCUUUUGCAAGAGCUACUGGCAGAUUCAGCAAUGGCCUCAAUACCGCUGAUUUUCUUGCUAAACAAUUUAAUUUCAAGAGAAGUCCACCAUCUUAUCUUUCUCUAAACGCAACAUCUGCUAUUAAGAGACGUAGAUUUAGAGGUAUAAAUUUUUCCUCAGCAGGAUCUGGCCUGCUUGAUACAACCGGGCAAACACCGCAAAAGAAUGUUGUUCCAAUGGGGGAGCAGGUAUACCAAUUCUCUACAGUCUACAAUGAUCUCUUGGCCAUCAAAGGUCCAUCAGAAACAAAAAAUCUUCUCUCGAAGUCUCUGUUCUUCAUCUCCAUCGGUAGCAAUGACAUUCUGGGCAAUUACCAUUCGAGCAAUCCCAUGCCAAAAGAACAGUUCAUACCCAAUUUAGGACUUGUAUAUGAGCAGCACUUAAGGAAUCUAAUUAGUGUUGGAGCAAGGAAGUUUGGCAUAGUAAGUGUUCCACCGGUUGGGUGUUGCCCAUCUCAAAGACUUCUUACAGCUAACUGGGAUUGCUUGGAGGAGUUAAACGACCAAGCUAGGGCCUUCUUUUCAACGGUGGACACCCUCAUGCGCAACCUCAGUUCUGAGUUCAAGGACAUGAAGUAUUCUCUUGGAAAUGCGGUUGAGAUGGCACUUGAUGUUAUUGACAACCAUCUAAAUUUCAACAUUACAGAUGUCAUGUCCGCAUGUUGUGGGAACGGCACAUUGAAUGCAGAAUCCUUUUGUACUCCGACAGCCAAUCUGUGCUCAAAUCGCCGUCGAUACUUCUUUUGGGAUUUGUUCCACCCUACACAAACUGCUUCAAGGUUGGCAGCUUUUACCCUAUACAGCGGGGAACCAAGAUUCGUAGCCCCCAUUAAUUUUUCUCAGCUGCCAGAGGCUUAACUGAACUGCUCUCUGCAGUUUAUCUGCUUGAAGCAGAAUAAUAAGAGGUUGAUCUUAUUGUAAUACUCCAAGCAUCACUGUAAUUUUGUUUACCAAGAUCAACCUGAUAUCUCAAAAAUAGGCAUAACCAGGAUUUUCUAACUUGAAUUCAUAGAUAUAAGAACUGGUUAUAACAAGCAAAAGAUUACAGUGCAUAAAGCUGGAUGAG